AUGGCGACCACCCUGGGCAAAAGAAAAUCCAGGGAAGACCAACACUUUGAGAAGGGAGGACACGGGUCGACGCUCUUCGUGUCUAAUCUGCCCUACGAUGCAACGUCAACCGAUCUAAAAACUGCCUUCUCCGAUCUUGCCCCUGUACGGUCUGCAUUUGUGGUGCUUGAGCAUGGUACGGGCGUAUCUAAGGGCGUUGGAUACGUCUCUUUCGCGAUCCGGGAGGAUGCUCAGUCUGCAUUUGAUUCCAUCACGUCCGAUGGCAUGACCAUGAACGACCGAAAACUGAGGGUCGCAUGGGCUGGUUUAAAACCCAAGGACAGGCCGACCAAAGACCGUUCAGCAAAACCCAAGGCGGACUCUAUGAAAAAGGAGGAUGAGGCAGCGGUCAAGUUAUCUGUCUCUAAAUCCAACGAUCCACUCGCCAUCCGAACCAUCCUCAUUUCCGGUUUGCCAUCGACCAUAGACUUGAAAACGCUGUGGAAGAAAGUACGCAAACUUGAGGGUGCAGAGAACGUGGUAUGGCCCGGAAAAACAUCUUCAGGAGGCGAGGAUCCUACAACAGCAAGUGCCCUCUUCUCUACCUCAAAGAAUGCACAGGACGCCGUCAACAAGUUGCAUGCGCAUGUCUUCAAGGGAUGCCUUUUAUCCGUGACACUCAAAAAGCGUCUCGAGAAUCUGGUUCAAGGCUCGAGAAAAAAACCAACCAAAGCUGCUUUGCCAAGUCAUGCAAGUCGUCUCAUCGUCCGUAACCUCCCUUUUGAUUUUACAGAGCAAGAUUUACGAGCAAUCUUCCUACCCUACGGACCUAUACACUCGAUUAAUAUGCCAGUCAUGAACGCCGAUGACGCUGAUCAGGGUGACCGCGGGGAAGAGGCUAAGCCCUCAACAUCAAACCGGUCGAAAGGUUUCGCAUUUGUAUGGAUGCUCAGCCGGAAAGAUGCGGAGGCUGCGCUGAAAGAGUGCAAUGGAAUGAAAGUCAAAGCCGGUAUGGCUCACGCUAUUGUCUCUGACAAGCAGAAGAGGAAGAAAGACCGGAGAGAGGAGAAGAAACAUGUACAGUCUGUAAAGGAAGAAGAAGCGGAAGGUGUUCCUGAGACUCUGGGUAGUUCAUCAAAAGAACGGAUGAUCGUCGUGGACUGGGCGUUGAGCAAGGAUAGAUGGGAGGAAGCGAAGUCAAAACUGGAGGAGAUAAGUGAAGGUGAAGGUGAAGGUGAAGGUGAAGGUGAAGGGGGCGAUGUGGAGAUGAAGGACUCGAGUUCAGAGAGCGAAGACAAGGAUGAAGAUGAAGAAGAUAGUGAAGACAGGGACGAGCACAUAGGUGUCCACGAAGAAACUGAAGAAGAUACUGACAGCCAGUCUGAAGACGAAGACGAAGACGAAGAAACCGCUGGGGACGAUGAUGAACCAGAGGCUAUAAAACCCAAGCUACCACAAACGGAUGUCGGAACCACCUUGUUCAUUCGCAACAUUCCCUUCACGGCAACUGAGGAUGAGCUACGGACCUUAUUCAGGGCGUGGGGACCUCUUCGAUAUGCUCGUAUCACAAUCGAUCCGGAGACAGAGCGGUCUCGGGGAACAGGAUUCGUCUGUUUUUGGAACAAGGGGGAUGCUGAUAAGGUCAUCGAACAGAGCGAAAUUCUGCGUGCUGAGACCAUGGGCAAUCAGCCACAGCCGACCAAAAAUCCCUUUACCCUUCCUUCCAUUCUUACGCCUGACCCGUCUUCUAGUAUUGCAAGGAAUUUGGUUCUGCACGGUCGUACGCUCGAUGCCGCACGCGCCGUAACGCGGGACCAAGCUGCGAAACUCAAAGAAGAGGGCGAGAAAGCACGAGAAAAGGCUGACAAGCGUAACCUCUACCUCUUGCGCGAGGGUGCUGUGCUUCUAAAUACACCUGCUGCGGAGACUCUCCCACCGGCUGAAGUCGAGAGACGGACGAAUUCCUUCAAUUCCCGCAGAGCGCUGCUUCGCAGCAAUCCCUUACUAUAUGUCUCUAGAACACGCCUAAGUAUCCGACGGAUACCGUUGUUUGUGACGGAGCGGGUUCUUAAACGUCUCGCUGUAUAUGCUGUCAAAGCAUUCAAUGUGGAAGUCAAGGCACAGCUCAGGGAAGGUUUAGACCCCGACGAACUUGCGGAGCCCGCGCAAGGUGUGCUAGGCACUGACCAGCACGAGGUCAAAAGCACUAAAUCAAGGAAACACGACAAGAAGUUCGGACGGCCUACUCCUGUGAAGCAAACCAAGAUCGUACGGCAGCAGGAUCGUGUUGAUCCUAUAACAGGAAUAGGUCGUAGUCGGGGAUACGGAUUCAUUGAGAUGCACAAGCAUGCGGACGCACUUCGAGUUCUACGGUGGGCCAACAAUAACCCCGAAGUAGGCGCGCUUUUCGAGAAGUGGUGGCGAGAAGAACUGGCAGACCUUACCAAGAAAGAGAAGGCCAAAGACAGUCCGGACGAGGCGCGGAUUAAGCGGAUGAAAGAUGCUUUGGAAAACCCCUCGAAGCCUCCGAACGGUACCUUGAUUGUUGAGUUUUCCAUUGAAAAUGUCCAAGUAGUGCAACGCCGGUCGUCUCGACAAAAGGAGAAAGCAGACAGACCACGUACCCAACGCGAUUCUACCAAGAUGGAAGAGCCGCCAUCUAAGAAGCGCUGUAUAUCAAUUGAACACGUGGAGCUGAAAAAGGAGGAACCAUCUAAGUCUGGAAAGCUUAUUGGAUCACUCAUUGGUCGAAAGCGGAGAGCUCGGAAAGCGGGCAAAUAG